CUUUGAGACGUACGAGGACUAGGAAGGUUUAUACUUGCCAGGCAAAUUAACACAAAACCGCUGUUUUGACAGGUGAACUUUGGAUCAUUCCAGGAAUCCAGUCUUUUACAUGCCGAUAAUUGAAUUCAUCAGCAAGACACGCCAGAGUUAUGUAAAAAGGGCGUUUGAGAGAACACGCACGUUCGAAAAAUGGGUCAACAAAUCAGUGUGGAAACGUUAUGUGGACAAGAUGAGGACGGGGAAGGGCGAUACUGGUGUAGUUUUGAGCCGUAUCCAUAUAGAGUGGGUGCUCGAAAGCUGUCCUACAUGGGGAUACUAAAUGGUGAAGGACCUCGAAGAGGAAAGCGAUGUCUCGUGAAGGCGUUCCGACAAGGUUGUGCCACUAGGGCAGAUUGGAACCAUGAAAAGGAACGAGCAAUGAUGGCGAAAUCUUUAGCUUUAGAAUUCAAUAGGGAAAUGUCCGAAAUUGGUGAGCGUGUGAAUCUUGUCUUCCAUACCCCAAUGCUUGUUGAAAUCGACGAAGUUUCUUCAUAUAUGUGUAUUGCUAUGUUUCUUGGCAAGCCAAGAAAGAAAAUGAGAGAGCUUGAAUAUGUUUCUGUGGAGCCGUAUCUUUCUGGCAAGUUCCAAAACUUUAACAGUUCUAAGACGAAAAUGUUUGACUCCAUGGUCAUGAAUGCUUAUUCUCAUUAUACUUGGUGCUGCACGCAGGGGGAAUGUGUUGUUACUGGAAUGAAAGGUGUGAAACAGUUUGAAAACUAUUACUUGACCGUACCAGUCGUUCAUUCUCGAGACCAAAAAUACGGUCGAACAGAUAUGGGACAAAUGGGCAUUGACAACUUCUUUGCUAAUCAUCAGUGUAACGACUUCUGUCGGAACCUGCCACGGUUGGAUGAACUGGCGUGCUUUCCAAAAGACUGUGACCUUGAUCUUGUAGCUUUCCAGCUAGAAAGCGCGGGAUUUUUCACCAAGAAAAUGAAAUCAGAAUUUCUCGCAUCGCCAAGAAAAAUCGGAUCGACCGUUCAUUGCGAUAAACCUAGUCACUGUGUUUGUGAAUUCUUCCGCCUCCCUUGCCCACACAGGAUUGAACACACUUCCGGAUUAAUUUACGCGAUUAAUCGUUCGUAUGUUCAAGAAAAGAGUAGAUAAUUGGUCUUUGAAAUGGAUUUCUUAGCCCCCCAAAAAUCAAGUUUGAGAAAAACAGGCUAUAAGGAAUUUUUACUACGCAUGUGCAUGUGAUCUUCCAUAUCAUCUCUAGGUGCUUUUUACAAUACUUUCAAGACAAAUAUGGCCGUUUUAUAUUCAGUGAAGCUGAGUGUGAGCAAUGUUGACGUCAUCAGAA